GAUUAAUUUAAAGACAUUUCAUUUUUAACAGCAGUAAAGGAAAGUGAAACUAAACAACAGAUUUAGCAGAAGCCAUUACUGAGCUCAGAACAGACGGAGGCAGAAUGGCGUCUGGAUCUUCUCUCCUGGAAGAGGAGCUCUCCUGUCCUGUGUGCUCUGAAAUCUUCAGGGAUCCUGUUGUCCUGAGAUGCAGUCACAGCUUCUGUAAGGCCUGUCUGCAGCAGUACUGGGAUCAGAAGGGAUCUCAGGAGUGCCCAGUUUGCAGGAGAAGAUCUUCUAUGGAUCCACCUCCCUAUAACCUGUCUCUGAGGAAUACCUGUGAGGCGUUCUUAAAGGAGAGAAGUCAGAGAGCUGAAGCAGGAUCUGAAGUGCUCUGCAGUCUGCACAGUGAGAAACUCAAACUCUUCUGUCUGGAGGAUUAUGAACCCCUUUGUGUCGACUGUUUAAUAGGAUCACACAGAAAUCACAACUUCUGUCCAAUAGAGGAGGCUGUGCUGAAAUCUAAAGAGAAAAUCAGGACUGCACUGGCUCCACUGCAGAAGAAGCUAAAAGCCUUUAAUGCAGUGAAACUAAUCUGUGAUCAAACAGCAGAGCACAUCAAGAGCCAGGCCCAGCACACAGAGAGACAGAUAAAGCUGGAGUUUGAGAAACUUCAGCAGUUCCUAAAAGAUGAAGAGGCAGCCAGGAUCACUGCACUGAGAGAGGAAGAGGAGCAGAAGAGUCAGAUGAUGAAGGAGAAGAUUGAGAAGAUGACAGAAGAGAUAUCAUCCCUUUCAGAACAAAUCAGAGCCAUAGAACAGGAGCUGGGAGCUGAAGAUGUCUCAUUCCUGCAGAGCUACAAGGACACACAAAACAGAGCUCAGUGCACACUGGGGGAUCCAGACAAGGUCUCAGGACCGCUGAUUGAUGUGGCCAAGCACCUGGGCAAUCUGAAGUACAGAGUGUGGGAGAAGAUGCUGGGGACUGUUCAAUACACUCCUGUGACUCUGGACCCCAACACAGCACAUCCCAGACUCUCACUGUCUGAGGAUCUGACUAGUAUGAAAUACAGUGGCGAGAGACAGCAGGUUCCUGAUAAUCCAGAGAGAUUUGAUGCGUGGUUGUGUAUGCUGGGCUCUGAGGGAUUCAGCUCAGGGAGACACUGCUGGGAUGUAGAAGUGGGGGAUAAUGAGUUCUGGGGGGUGGGUGUGGUUAAAGAGUCAAUCAGUAGGAAAGGGGUUGUGGAUCCGAGCCCAGCAUUAGGAGCGUGGAGUAUUGGGCAUAGCAGUGGGGUAUACACAGCCCUGACCUCCCCACAUACAGACCUCACUGUGCAGAGGAAACUCCAGAGGGUCAGAGUGCAGCUGGACUGGGACAGGGGGGAGGUGUCAUUUUCUGACCCCAGUGACAACACUCCUCUCUACACUUUUAAACACUCCUUCACUGAGAGACUGUUUCCAUUCUUUGGUCCGUGUCCUCAAGGGAUGCAGAUCUGUCCACUGAAGGUGUCUGUGAGUGUAAAAUAGCACCGUGGAAUUGUGGGUAAACAUCAGCUGAAAUAACAGGGCUGUAUUUAGUCACUUCUGAGCAGGUUUAUA